GUAAACUUUGAAGUAGAAAGAAAUUUAAACAGAAAUAAUUUAUAAGAAUAUUUUAUUUCAUUUUAGAUUUCUUUGAUAUUUACGUCAUAAGCAAACAAAAAAUAAUUAAAAAAUUAAUAAGAAUUUAUUAAAAUAGAUUUGAACAUCUUCACAAGGAAUUAAAAGUUGGCCAAUUACGUGAUACAAUUGAUUUACUGUUAUUUGCAAUAGACAAUUAAUUCAAUUGGAAAUAGAACAAUACGAUGUCUUUAAGCCGUUUGUGCUAUUUACGUGCAUCAAAUCAAAUAUUGAAAUAUUUAUCAACAUCAACAAGUUUAGAGAAAAAUGUAUUUAAUAUCGCUCGAACUAUCACAUCAACAUCCCAAAGUAAUGCUCAAAGUGCAGCUAAAGCGGUGCAUAAGCCCGAUUGGAAUAGGGCUGUGAGUGAAGCUGAGAAGAUCGUUGGCUACCCGACGUCUUUCCUAAGUCUUCGAUGGCUUCUCAGCGAUGAGAUUGCUAAUGUUGCACUUCACCUGCGAAAACUUGUAGGAAGCAAUCAUCCGCUAUUGAAAACUGCAAAAAAUUUGAUUUACGAUGGAAAAUCAAAUAUGCAAGCUUGGGGAUUGAUUGUUCUACUUGUCUCAAAAGCAGCCGGACACGCACCAGAUAUUCCUGAAAUGGAGCAAGAUAAAAGUGCUGGUGUUCUUCAUUCACAACGAGCACUUGCUGAAGUGACAGAAAUGAUUCGAACGUCACAUUUAAUUCAUCAAGGCCUUGUAAAUUUGCAAACUUUAGCAAAUUCGGGAAAUGAACUUUCAGCUGAUUCUGAAAUGAUUUUUGGAAAUAAAAUUGCACUUCUUGGUGGUGAUUAUUUGUUAGGAAAUGCUUGUCUACAAUUAGCUGGUCUCAGAAAUCAAGAGCUUAUCGAAUUAAUAUCGUCGGCAGUUCGUGACCUUGCUGAAUCGAAUUUUAUUGGUGAUCGAGAUGAACAGAACAACGCAUUACCAUCUGAUCCAGCAAUGAAAAUAAAUGCGACGUUUGAUGAAAAUUUAGAUGAACUAUCCAGUACAAGAGGAAUUGACAUGAGUCUAGUGUUGGGUCAUCCAGAACGUGAAUGGUCGUUUCGUCACACACUCUCGUCUGGUUCCUUACUUGGAAAAAGUUGUCAAGGAACAUUAAAGUUGGCUGGUCAACCAAUCACGUUUCAAAAGCAAGGAUAUCUGUUUGGAAAGCAUUUAGCUCUCGCUUGGCAAGCAAGCAUGGAUUUGGAACCUUUUCGGAUGUCCGAAAUUCCUCAUAACGUUUCGUUUAGUCUCGUCAGUGCACCAGUUUUGUAUCAUCUUGAUUAUGAUCCGUCCCUUUAUAAUGAAAUUAAGAAAGGUUUUCAUUCUGUUGAGAAUAUUGAUUAUGGAAAAAUUCAUGAAGUUGUCAGAAAUGGUCCAGGAAUAGAUCAAACGAAAGAACUUCAACGAAAGCAUAGCCAAGCAGCAAUGACUGUUCUUGAUAAAUUUCCAGCUACCGACGCUCGAACUGCACUUCAGAACAUAAUUUUAGCUAUGCAAUGUCUUUGAAAGUUGUUCUUGGAAUUUCCCAUGGUGAUUUAGUUGCUUGUAAAUAAUUUUUAUGAUUUCAUGUAGUUGAAGAAUUUUAUUAUCAAAAGCAUGUUAAAUGGCAAUUAUCGGUAAUUUAGCACAAAGUCAACUUCUAUUAUAAUAGCAAAUUUGAGGUCAGUUUGCAUUUCAUCUUAACAUUUUUCAUAACUACAUAAAAUCGAAUUGGUGCUUCAUAAAAGAAUUAAUUAUUCACAUUUCAUAAUUUAUUAUUUUCAUUAUAAAUUCUGUGAGAAAUUUAAAAAAAAACCAAAGUCAAAGGUGAAGAGGCUGUUCGAGGUUUGACUGUUUAAAUCUAUAAAAUAGAAAAUUUAACAUGACUGUUUCCUUAUAAGAAAGUUCUAUAAUUGAAAUAAAUUCUCUGUAUUAUCUCGUUGUAGUAAAAAUGUACUCAAAUUUCUAUUCAAAGAUAGAAAUAAUUUAUAGAAAAUAUUUUUAAAUUAGUUUUUAUAGAUCCUAUGAAAAUCGAAAAUUAUCGUACAAUAAAAAAUUAUUAAAA